CUGUUGUUACCUUUGUGCUACCUUGGUGGAAAUAGGGUCAACAAUUUGGUGGGUGACCAGGCGAUAAGCCAAAUGCAACAGCAGGUGCAGCAGGUAAAGGCACCCCAAAGAAUUGGACAUGAAAAAUCACGGGCGUGCUUUUGGGGCGGUCAGGUAAAGGGUUCGUCCCACAGGCACCUGCACGGGGCAUAGCAUUAGCAGCAGGUCAAAUCUGCAAGCAUAUAUAAGGGGCACGUCGCCAGGGAAUCCUCACACAUUCACCACACGAUCGUCAUGGAAGCAACAACUGCAAAGACCGCCUACGCUCUGUUCCUGCACCGCGCCGAGCUGCAUCGUCGCCGCGCUCACUAUGCCAAGGUGUCGCAGACGAAAAUACAGUUAACUAGUCAGCUGAUUGCCAAGGUGAAGCAGCGCAUGGACACCUGCAGCUAUGAGGAUCUGCAGACGAUGGUGCGAGAGCAGCAGUUCAAGCGCUUGCUCGAGAAGAAGCUCCAGCAUCGCGCCAAGCAGCUCAAGGCGCUGGUCAAGCAGAACCGCAAGCUGAAGCGACUCCAGUAGAAAAGUGGACUAAGAUC